UGCUCAAACACGUCAACUUCAAGUGGGCUUAAUGGAAAAUUCAUGUCUUCAGUGUAAUUGGGCUCAAUUCCUUUUACCGUCCCAAGGCCCAUGAGUGGAGAUGACCGUCGACUCUGCGUGCGUCCAGCUUUGGUCACUUUCUAACGCCGUUGUCGUAGUCCUCUCCCAAUUCAACAUUCAAUCUGUAAAUUCUAGGGUUCAUUGCCCCGCCAUCGGUUUCUAAAGGAACCUACAAAUUCAAUGCCCAGCUUGGAUGGGCUGUAAGAGUGCCACUGCGGGUGAUUCUGACCGUUAUGAAGCUGCGGAGGUGCAGAGCAUGGUCAAGCUCGAGGAGCUGGGUUCAUGCUGCGUGUACUUCCAGCUGCCGUGGAGCUUGAAAAUGCCGCUUAUGGCCCACGGCAUAUGUACAGACUCAAAUUUCGCAACUAUAGGCUCUGCGGCAGUUAUCUCAUCCUCAGCAUCUGCGUUGCCGAACUAUUGAUCGUGGGUUGGGGAGUUUCCUAGGACUCCGCAGAUGUUGCGUUCGUGGGUGAUGUGCAGCUUAUUUAAGUACCGCAACUGCUGCCUUUCUCAAAAAAAAUUCCCUCCCAACCAGCAGCAAUCAGACUACUGCUCUCCUUCCUUUUUUGCGUUCAGGUAUGGAAACCUUCUCUGUUUCUCCAAAUUCUCUAUUUCCAUUACCCAGAAAUCAUCAACUUAUUUGUGUAUUGGUUAUUGAAUUUUGCCGCUGAAGAAGAUGGACCUCCAAGGCAUGCGCGACCUUGACACGGAGAAGCAGAUAUGGUCGGGUCCGUGUCGCGUUUCUCGCCUCUGGCUUGGUGUUCAUGUCACCACCGACAAAGUCCUCCACCUAGACCUCAUCCUGAUUGACACAAAGGGAAACGAUAUUUGGGUACACAUCCCACCGCUGUUGCAAGAAAAAUUCAAACGCCUGCUGAAGGAACAACAUGUCUAUAUUAUCAAGAACUGUGAGCUCAAUCCUACAGAAUCGGGGUAUCGGCCAAUUGCUAAUCCCUACAUUAUGUCAUUUUCUCGGAAAACAACUGUUCAGCACGUAUCUGAAGUCCCCUCGAUUCCGAAAUUCAAGUUUACUUUCAUGAAAGCAAGUGAUAUGCCAGACAAAUUUGGGGACACUACCAUUCUUGAAGAUGUUGUUGGCCAAUUAGUUCAGCAUUCAGAUCCAAUCUCAACCUCCAAUAUUACUCGAAAGACCAUACGAAAAGAGUUGCAAGUCAAGCUACUGGAGGGAGAUGUUGUGAAGGUCGUUGUAUGGGGAAGAUUAGUUGAUGCGGUUGAGAAGAUAAUUACUGACCUUCAGAACCAACCAAUUACAUUGGUCAUUACUGCUGUUAUUGUCAACACAUUCAAAGAAGCAUUUUCAUUCUCAUCAUCUGGAUCGACAGUGCUAUAUGCCAAUCUUGAUAUCCCAGAAGUUCGUGCAUUCACAACCAGGGAUGAGCAGCCACAACAACCUGCCUUGGUGGAACCGACACCAGCAAAACAGAUUCCAGUUAUCUCCCUUGCUGAACUUCUCGAGCUACAAGCUGAUCCUGACAUGGAGGAAAUGGUCUUCUCUGUUGAGUGUAAAGUUGUCGGCAUCAAACCAGGGUGGUGCUACAUGGGCUGUCCCAACUGUGUCUUCAAGCCUAUACAACGCCAGGGUCAGUUUUAUUGUGUCCGCUGCAACAAAACUUCACCGCAUAAGGCUGCCAAAUAUCGCAUUCAGAUCGAGGUAGAAAGUGAUUCUAGACCAGCCACAUUCACGAUGUUUGAAUAUGAAGGCAAGCGCUUUUUUGGUGUGAGUGCUGAUCAACUCUUCCACAAAACGGGUCAAAACAGUGACUCGCCGCCUGAGGAGCUGCUUCAGCUGGUGGGGUUGACAAAGAGCUUCACCAUCAAAUUCAAGAUCAAUUUGUAUGGUGAUGGGCUAGCUGAUUUCACUGUGUUGAAGAUUAAAGACCCAACACCACAGGAAAGCGAUUCAACUUUACACAAAGAUGGAUCAUGUUCAUCCAUUACCAGUGGUCUUGAAUCAAGCCUCCCUUCACCUCACCAUUCAGAACAGAUUGGUAGCAAAGAAGCUCCUGAUGAACAAGAUGAAGCAACCCCACCUCCAGACAAGAAACUGAAGACAAAAAUGGUUUAGAUUUACCUUGCUCGAAAAUUGGUUGUACAUAUUAUUAAACAUCUUGCACUCCCAAUGUCUUUCCACCAUCAUUUCGCAACUUCCUAGGACAUUAUAUGCUUUUUAAGCCUUUCAUAUUUGUUGGCAGUAUUAUGUUUACUACUGCUUUUAUGAACUUGGCCCUAGGAGCCUCUUUUGUAUCGAAUUUCAGUUGCGCCAGCCUAUCUCCUUUGGUACAUGAUCCCUUCGUAUGCUGAGUUUUUUCCUGUUGAUUUUCACUACAACAUGAAAAGUCAAUGUGUUUGUACAAUUUUAGGUUGCACAUUCUAAUGUAGAUAGCCUUUUUUGUUUGAACGGAGAUUAUUACUAAUGAUUAAUGAUUAAAAAUUAAACGUAGGGUAUAAUUAAGAUUAAUACCUUUUCAAUUAAUUACUUAAAGUUUCCAUGACUUAAUUUCCGUUAUGAUUAUGUAUUUUACUUUCCUUACCAAGUGCUGAAGUGUGGUAACCCGUGAUUAGCUUAUUUCCUACUGUGGAAUGCUAUUUCUUUCUCUAUUUUUAUGAAACCUGAGAAGAAUGAAUUAAGUCCCUAUUUCUUUCUCUAUUACCUUAAUUUCCGUUAUGAUUAUGUAUUCAGGGCUGAAAUUCCUAUUGGGCUGAAUAUUAAUAAAUUCGAAGCCAGCUUGGGCUGACUAUAACAGACGGAGGCCAGGUAUAGCCCAAUGUGAUUAACCUACAAAUUGUUGACACCCUACGAUCCAUCCCAUCUAUUAUUCCUUUGCCUUUUUUUUUUUCUAGACUUUUCCCCUGCUUUUUGCAUGCUACAGGUGGCAUUCCAUCCCUACAUUUCCUCAACAAGAACUCCAAACGCAGCAACCACUUCAGAACGUGGCCCGCAUCAGUAGGGAGAUUUUAUCCCGCUCUCACACGUUCAACGUUCUAAUAAUUAGAAUGUCUUCCCCAAAUAAUUAUUCAUACUCAGUCUUUAUCAUUGGGUUUUGGUUCCUUCGUCUCUCUCUGAAACCAGCAAACAAUCAAAGUAACUAAGUUGCGGAUCUUCAUUCGAGUUGCAGAUCUUCCUUCAUCAUGUCUUUCGCUGCUAUAUCACAACUAUUACCAACCCUACAAUCAAAGUGUCGGCUGCGGGUUCGCAUUCUGCGUGUAUGGCCAACGCAGAGCAUGGCGGGUGAUACAAUUUAUUGGCUUAAUCUCCUCUUGAUUGACCGUCAGGUAAGCAUGGCGGAUGUUAAUUGUAACAACAUGUUUUCAUAAUGUGAAUCGUAAUCAUCAAGGUCUUUAUUUUUUUAGGGUGCAGAGUGUCAAGGAAUGAUUUUAAAUUUUCAUCUUCCCAAGUUUGACAAGAAAAUUGAAGAAGGAAAAAUAUAUGCUAUUUCCAAUUUUGAAGUUGAUGACGCUCCAAAACGCGAUCGCGUCACCGCUUCCCCCAUAUACAUCACAUUCACUGCAGAAACAGUAGUUGAGGAGUUGGUCGAUGCAAGUGAUAUUAAAAAAUACAGCUUCAAAUUCUUGAAAUCUACCGACUUCGCAACCGCAUACGCGAACGAUCAAUAUUUGUCAGGUUCAACUACUGUAUCCCAUCCUUUGACAAUCAAUGAAUUAAUACAGAGCUUUAUUUUGACCAUGUCUUUGCUUACACGUUCUUUCUCUGCUAUGUGUUCUUUCAGCAUCCUUUACAUGCUCAUACAAAAACUUUAAAUUGUGUGGUCCUUUUUUUCAUAAACACAUAUUAAAAAAAUCCAUUUCCUUUUCGUGUUGCACUCAGACCAGUGAUCAUAUCCUGGCGGCUGGCACAAUGCUUAUACAUUGGACAUUAUUUUUUUGUAUAUUCCCGUAUGAAAAAUGCUUAUUAUUCGAACAAUACAUCCCUUUAUCUUAUCUCAUUACUUGCGAUUUUCUAAUACAAUAUUGUACGUAUGAAAUAUGUUGCUCAUGCCAGAUUUAGUUGGUGAAGUUGACCAUACAGAACCAACCGUCGAAAUAUUUGUUGGAUCAGUCCGUGAAAGGACAAUAACUGUGUACCUAAAAUUGAUAGAGUGAGUCCUCUAACUUUUAUUGUUAUUUGAUGUUCACUUGCAUGUUCCACAUGCUCUAGCAAUAUCACUUUACUUCCUCAUAUCUUUUAGGGGAGCCGUCAUCCGGGUACUACUAAAUGGAUCCUUAAGUCAUGCAUUUGAAGCAUUCAUGGCUCAUCAACCGCAAUCAACGGUGGUUUGUGUACUUACUUCAGUAUACGUGGAGAAAACAUACACAAAUGGUAUUCUUGCUAUAUGGGUUCAUUUGCUGACAAUGGCUAUUGCACAAUUUGAUAUAUGUUUGUUCCGUAUAAAAACAUCUUUUCUUCACCAAGUUACAUCAUCAUUGUCAGGCCAAUAUUACUUUGCAGCAUCCUCGGCAUCCAAGUUAUUUUUCAACUUGAAUCAGCCGUUCUUACACCCAUUUCUCAACCCGUGAGUACAUUUACUUAUGUAAAGAAUUCGUAUACCUGCACAUAGCUAUAAAAAAAUGACUUCGUUAUAUUUAAUUUCUUAUGCCAGACUAAGAAAAGUCAAAUACAUCAUUAAAGAUGACUCCUAUGAAGAAGCCAAAGACCGCGCAAAAAUGUGUACAAUUGCAGAUCUAACUGUAUUGCGCUUUCGUGGAAAAUUGAUGGUGAGAAGUUUUGCAAAUUACAAAUUUUUAUCAUCAUUUCUUCAAUGCUUCCUAUUAAUCAUACAUGAUCAUUAUUUUUACCUUUUUAAUUCAAAUAUUAACUUUUGUAGGGAAAGUACUACAUUGUUUCUGGCCAUAUCCUCGACAUGAAAGUCAUACAGGAAUUCAGCUGCAGGCAAUACUUUGUUCACCUCACUAUAAGUGACAACUUUGCAUCAUGUCCUGUAUAUUUCAAAUCACAUAAAUUUAGAUCGAUUGC